AUGGGAUCGGUCCCGCCGUUCCCGCAUGGCCAGCGCGGCUUUGGGGCGCGGCAAUCCCGGGAGAGCAUCCCCGGGGAGGAGGAGCCGAAAUUAGGGAAGGAAAAAGGUCCCCGCAGCCCUUCCCUUCCCUCCCUUCCUCCCUUCCCUGCCUCCUUCUCUCCCCCCAGCCCUUCCCCUUCCCGGGAUCUCUGGCCCGGGAUGGGGCCGGGGCCAUGUGGAGGCGACGGCCGCGCUCCCAUCCCACGUUUUCUUUGGCUCAUCCCGAGCUUUCCCUGGCUCGCUCACCCUCCUCCUCCUCGGCUGCUUCGGCCUCGGGGGACUCGGAGGAGGAGGACACCGGCUUCCUGGAGGUCACCGUGUCCGACAUGCGGCAUCCCCCGCCCGAGCUGGGCCCCGCGCCCGAGGGGCUGAGCCCGCAGCAGGUGCUCCGGCGGCACAUCCUGGGCUCCAUCGUGCAGAGCGAGCGCAGCUACGUGGACUCCCUGAAGCGCAUCCUGCAGGAUUACCGGAACCCGCUGCUGGAGAUGGAGCCCAAGGUGCUGAGCGCCCGCAAGUGCCAGGUGGUGUUCUUCCGGCUGAAGGAGAUCCUGCAGUGCCACUCCAUGUUCCAGAUCGCCCUGGCCUCGCGCGUGGCCGAGUGGGACUCCAACGAGAAGAUCGGGGACCUCUUCGUGGCCUCGUUCUCCAAGUCCAUGGUGCUGGACGUCUACAGCGACUACGUCAACAACUUCACCACGGCCAUGUCCCUCAUCAAGAAGGCCUGUCUGACCAAACCCGCCUUCCUGGACUUCCUCAAGAAGCGGCAGAUGGCCAGCGCCGACCGCGUCACGCUCUACGGGCUGAUGGUGAAGCCCAUCCAGAGGUUCCCUCAGUUCAUCCUCCUCCUGCAGGACAUGCUGAAGAACACGCCGCGUGGCCACCCCGACCGCCUGUCCCUGCAGCUGGCGCUGACCGAGCUGGAGACGCUGGCCGAGAAGCUCAACGAGCAGAAGCGCUUGGCCGACCAGGUGGCCGAGAUGCAGCAGCUCAGCAAGAGCAUCAGCGACCGCAGCAGCUUCAACAAGCUGCUGAGCUCGGGGCAGCGGCAGCUGCUGCUGUGCGAGACGCUGACCGAGACGGUGUACGGGGACCGCGGGCAGCUGCUCAAGUCCAAGGAGAGGAAGGUGUUCCUGCUCAGCGACCUCCUGGUCUGCGCCAACGUCAACUUCAAAGGCCAGCUGGAAAUCAGCAGCCUGGUGCCCCUGGGCCCCAAGUACGUGCUGAAGUGGAGCACGGCCCUCCCGCAGGUGCAGGUGGUGGAGGUGGGCCAGGAGAGCGGCGCCGGUGACAAGGACAGCGCCGCCGCGCGUGGCGGCGCCGGACAGCGCCGGCACGCGCCCGCCAGCCAGGCCGCCCACAAUAAGGUCUACCUGGGCCCCCCGCGGCUCUUCCAGGAGCUGCAGGACCUGCAGAAGGACCUGGCGGUGGUGGAGCAGAUCACGCUGCUCGUCAGCACCCUGCACGGCACCUACCAGAACCUGAACAUGACGGUGGCGCAGGAUUGGUGCCUGGCCCUGCAGAGGAUGAUGAAGGUCAAGGAGGAAGAGAUCCACUCGGCCAACAAGUGCCGGCUGCGGCUGCUGCUGCCCGGGAAACCCGACAAGUCGGGGCGCCCCAUCAGUGUCAUGGUGGUGUUCAUCACGCCCAGCCCCCUGAGCAAGAUCUCCUGGGUGAACCGGCUGCACCUGGCCAAGAUCGGCCUGCGGGAUGAGAACCAGCCGGGCUGGCUCUGCCCCGACGAGGACAGGAAGAGCCGAGCGCCCUUCUGGUGCCCCAUCCUGUCCUGCCACAUUCCAGCCUUCUCCUCCAAAGCCUUGGAUCUGCAGCUCGGAGCUGCCGUCCACAAUCCCGUCCAUUCCUCGCUCCUGGGGUUCUCGGCCGUCAGCACCUCCCUGCCCCAGGGCUUCCUGUGGGUGGGAGGGGGGCAGGAGGGGGCGGGGGGGCAGGUGGAGAUCUUCUCCCUGAACCGCUCCGUGCCCCGAACCGUCAAAUCCUUCCCGGUGCCGGCCCCGGUGCUGUGCAUGGAGUUCAUCCCGGAGCCGCAUCCCGAGGAUCCCGCAGAGCAGGGAAUGGCCCCAGAGCCGACCCCCAGCGCCCCCCACCCCGCAGUGUGCCUGGGGCUGCAGGACGGGAGCCUGCUGGUGCUGGGCGCGGUGGCGGCGGGGACGCCAGUGCUGCAGCGGUGCCGCGUGCCGGGCGCGGUGCCCGUGCUGUGCCUGCGGCACAGCGCCGCGUUCCUGCUGGCCGGGCUGCAGGACGGCAGCGUGGCCGCCUUCCCCCACAACCACGAGGGUUUGUGGGACGCGGGCGCGGUGCGGAUGCUGCGGGUGGGGCCGGGCCCCGUGCGGGCGCUGCUGGUGCUGGAGGAGUCGCUCUGGGCCAGCUCCCAGAACCUCGUCAGCGUCCUGGGCACACCCGAGCUGCAGAGCCAGCACUGUUUUGAGGCGCACCCCGACCCCGCGGCCGCGGUGACGCUGAUGGUGCGGGCGGGCAGCGGGGUCUGGAUGGCCUUUGCCGAGGGCUCCUCCAUCCGCCUGUUCCACACCGAGACCCAGGAGCACCUCCAGGAGAUCAACGUGGCCACCAGGACCACCCUGCUGCUGCCCGGGCAGAAGCUCGUGCGCGUCACCAGCCUCCUGCUGUGCCAGGGCUUGCUCUGGGUGGGGACGGAUCUGGGAAUCAUCGUCCUGCUGCCCGUGCCACGCCUGGAGGGCAUCCCGAAAAUCACCGGGAAGGGCAUGGUGUCCCUGAACGGCCACGCCGGCCCCGUGCAGUUCCUGGUGCUGGCUCUGAGCACUUUGGCCCCCGACGCCCUCCGGGCCGAGCAGGACGAGCCCGACGAGGCCGAGGAGGAGAAAUCCCCGGAUCCGGAGGGGCUCCAGCCGCGGGAAAUGCGGAAAAAAGGGAUUUUGUUACAAUACCGGCUGCGCUCCACGGCCCACCUGCCCGGCCAGCUGCUCUCCGUGCGGGAAGCGGCGCCGGGAACGCCGGGAACGCCGGGACACGCUGAGGAGGACGGAUCCAUCUACGAGCUGGCCGACGAUCCCGAUGUGUGGGUGCGGAGCCGGCCCUGCUCCCGGGAUUCUUCCCGCAAGGAAAUCUCCUCUGUGGCCAUCGUCUCCGGAGGCCGCGGGUACCGGGAUUUCCGCGCGGAAUCCGCGCGCCGCUCCGGAGCCGCCGACAGCUCCCUGCUCAUCUGGCAGCUCCCGCUGGCGCUCUGAGCCCGCCCGGAAUUCCCGAAUUUCCUACCUCAGGAGUCCCCCGAAUUCCCGGGAGCGGCGCUUGAGCCGCUGCGAGGGAAAAAAAAAAAAUGGGAAAAGCGCGGGAUUCUCCCUCAGAUCCAGCGGAUCUGGAGUUGGGAGCGUUGGGGUUUUCCCGGUUUCCCUGCGUGUGUGUGUGUGUGUGUGUGUGUGUGGGAAAUCCCUAGAGAUAGAAAUCCCUGGAUUAUAAAUAGGAUGUAAAUUAUUACCUGUAAAAAAGAAGGAAUCUGUAUAUAUUGGGAAUGCUGGGAAGAGCAGGAGCAGCUCCCGAAAAAGCGGCUCUGGCUGCAAUAUCCACUCCUGUUCCCGACUGGGAAUUUGAGGAUCUUCCGUACUGAAAUCCCCUGGAUUCGGGAGCCGACCCCGCCCGGCUUCCUGAGGAAAGGAAAAACUGGGGGAGCGUGGAAAUAAAUCCCAUAGG